CCUUUACCUUUUUAGAUCCUUGGGAGCAGAGUAUGGUUAAGAGCAUGGUGCAUGGUGCAGCAUAUUCUUGCAUUGCAGGGGGUUGGACUAGUAGAUGAUGCUCAGGACCCCUUCCAAAUCUGAUUCGAUGUGGUCUUUCAAACUCGGGCUGCGUGUGAGUGCGCGCGCGUAAAAACGAGGACCCAAAUCCUGCAUUUCCCACGACCGGCAGGAAGUGGUAUUGUGGGGGGCGGACGGACGCAAACGACGCCGAAAGAAAUCCUCCAGGAAAUGCAAAUCCCUAGGCUAAGGGACCAGUGGUCUAAACCUCUGCAGGUUGGUGGAACAGGGACCCGAAGGGCUGAGAUCCCGGGAUAGAAGCAGCGGGGUGUGCAGCUUCGAGGGAACGUCUGAAUGAUUCUUCGAGUGGUGCAGAUGCCGAGUCCAGUAACUUUUGAGGAUGUGGCUGUGUAUUUCACCGAGGGACAAGGAGAUCUGCUGGAUCCGUAUCAGAAAGUCUUGUACGCUGAAGUCAUGAUGGAGAAUUAUGAGAACUUGGCCUCAAUAGGUGAUGUUGAGAGACGGCCGUUGUACCCUGUGUAUGGGAAAGAUCUUCCUCAGAUCUGCCUUAUCGAACAGCAGAAAUGCCGCACUGGAGAAAAAACCUCACGGUUGCUUAGAGCAUCAAACAUGUUCUGUCAAAAAACCACAGUUUCUGAGCGAACGUGUAAACCGCAAAGGAGAGAGGUCCCCCUGAGCCACCGGCGAGUUCUCACUGGAAAGAAGCCCUAUCAGUGCUCAGAGUGUGGGAAAUGUUUUCGCCAGCAGUCGCAAAUUAUAGCACAUGAGAGAAUCCACACAGGGGAGAAACCGUAUGGAUGUUCUGAGUGCGGAAAACGUUUUCGCCAGCAGUCGCACAUUAUAGCACAUGAGAGAAUACACACAGGGGAGAAACCGUAUGGAUGUUCUGAGUGCGGAAAACGUUUCACUCAGCAAUCGCAGGUUCAGGCUCACGAGAGGAUCCACACAGGAGAGAAGCCCUAUUGUUGUGGGAAGUGCGGGAAGCGUUUCUCCCAACAAACACACCUCCUCAAACAUCAGAGGCUUCACACAAGUGAGGAAAGCCUAUAAAUGCAUGAAGUGUAGAGAGUGUUCUGCUUGACGCUUGUGGCUUUUGAGCCGCCAAGAUCCACACAGCGGCAGAGGGUAUGCUGCGGCCAGGCAUAAGAAAACUGCCUUGGCAGCAUCCUCGCUUGGUGGCACCCAGCCGUGGAGAGUGGUGCAACGGCGCAACAGCACUUUCUCUCCCUGGUGCUGCUAGGCCAGCCCUCUGUUUCCCUUUCCCACAGGAUAAAUCCCCAACGGAGAACGAAUCACGAGCGACAGUGGGUUUUUCUUUUGGGAAAACAGGUUGCAAACAAACUGUAUUAUAACAGAUGUAAACUAGGAGUUUUGGUUCUUCUUCCACUGAAAUGUAACAACCAGUGCUGUUGCUUUUUAUUAAAAUGAGUACAGUUUCAAGUUUUAAGCUGAAU